UGAUACAAUGAAAGGCUCUUUAAAACCACCGAAACCACAGAGCUCACAGGCUCUCCGUGUGGGGUGGUUAUUUGUAUAUUGCAAGUCAGCGUAACCAGGCAAUCGUCUUCUGUCCCUGGCUUUUACAGCAACAGCCACUGCACCCCACACUGACAACUGCUUACUGCCAGCUGUACUGGAGUUCAGCUCCAGCCCUGAACACCAGCACAGAGUGGUUUUAACCUGGCCAUCAUGGGGCACAAUGCACUGUACUGGAGUACAGCCCUGAUCACUGCUUUAAACCAGACUACCGUGACACUGUGUGUGUACUUACUUUCAGUCAAAGACCACAGUUGGACACUAGAGGGGGGAUGCUUUCUUUACACAAAGGGCUGUAGGAGUAUGGAACAAGCCACGCUGGGAGUCUGCCUACAUCUCCUCACUCUCUCUUGCAUGCAGUCGCUGGGGUUUGGAACUGAGAGCCGAAAUACAGAUUUUAAAUUCAUUAAAAACACACAGACACACUCCUGCUGGCUAAUAUUCAAGAGGCUUGACUUGGCAAAACCUGGACUGGAGCAAAUUGCCAUGCAACAGGAGCGUGGCUGCUCUAAAGCGGAUUGUAUUUACUCAGUGCUUUGAGUGCUGGACAGAUGCCAGUUCAAAACCACCGAUGCGGUUCGCGGGUUCGAGAAUUGCUUUCCCACCAGACCUCCUCCCCCUCUUCACUACUGCUCCGCCCACAGACCCGUCAUGGGGCUCCUGUUCCCUGGGCACCUUCAUCUGCCUGGAGUGCUCCGGGAUCCACAGGAACAUUCCCAGCAUCAGCAAGGUGAAGUCCCUCAGGCUGUCAUCCUGGGAGGAUCUGGAGGUCCAGUUCCUGGCAGAGCACGGCAACACUGCGGCGAAGACCAAGUACGAGGCCGCGGUCCCUGUCUAUUAUUACAAGCCUACGCACCGGGACUGCCAGGUUCUCCGAGAGCAGUGGAUCCGAGCCAAAUACGAGAGGAAGGAGUUCACCGAACCCGGGAAGCCGCUGCCUUAUGAGGAAGAGGUCAAGGAGGAGAUGCUGAUGAAGCGCGGCAGAGACAACGGCCAGUUCCUCAGCCGGAAGUUCGUCCUGAUCGAGAGGGAGGGCGUCCUGAAGUACUACACCAAGUAUGAUGCAAAAGAGCCCAAAGCCAUAAUCAGAGUGGACACCAUCAACGCCACCUUCCAGCCCAUCAAGAUCGGGAACCCCAACGGGCUGCAGAUCACCUUCCUGAAGGACUACAGCACCCGCAACAUCUUCGUCUACCACGAGAACGGCAAGACAAUAGUGGACUGGCUCAACGCUAUUCGGGCCACGCAGUUCCAUAACCUGCAAGUCGCCUUCCCAGGAGCCACCGACACUGAACUCAUACCCAAGUUGACGAGAAACUUCCUGAAGGAGGGCUACAUGGAGAAGACCGGGCCGCGGCAAACCGAAGGCUUCAAGAAGCGCUGGUUCACCCUGGACCAAAGACGCCUGAUGUACUUUAAAGACCCCCUGGAUGCCUACGCCAAGGGCGAAGUGUUCAUCGGUCAGCGCGACAUGGGGUACAAAGCCAUAGCGGGGCUCCCCAGCAGCACCCACAACAACAGGACCUGGCAGUUCGGCAUCACCAUCCAGACGCCGGACCGCAACUUCCUGUUCACCUGCGAGACGGAGGAGGAGCAGCAGGACUGGCUGGUGCAGUUCCAGAAGGUCAUGGACAAGCCCAUGUCACCCCAGGAGUUCUCCAUGGAAGCCCACCUGAAGCACAAAUGAUGCAUCGCCACGGAAACAGGAAAGGCCACCCAUCUGCCCCACCCCCACCCCCACCGCACUGGAGGCGUCUGAUCACCUGACCAACAGAGCAGGGGCUGGCAUAGAGCUGAGGGGGUUGGGGGAGGGGGAGGGGGGGGUGACCCAUGUUUGUGAAAGAAGCCCAGUGCACCUCUGCACCACAGAAACACUACUAACAUCACGCCCGUGAGCACUCCGACCGAGGCUCAGGGUAGCUCCCUCGCCAUAACACUCCAGUCGGGUAAUACUGGGCAAGGGGAAACACAGACCGCUGGCCAGGACCAAAGAAAGAGCAGAGCAUUUGAGUGCUCCACCCACAGCCUGCGACACAGUCGGUCAGAUUACUGGGGGCAAAGGGGGCGAAGCUGAUUAGUUCUUCCAGGACCGGGGGGGAAACACAGAGCCAAGUCACGAUGCACGGCGUUUCUUCAACUAAACUAAGCGUCCCCUGAUCCCCGUUUUCCUCCUGCCAGACGGGAGUGGGGGUUCCAAGUUUGGAGAGGCGGGGGCCCCACCGUGCACCGAGGCUCUUAAGGGGCGACUGCCCCCGAGGGGGUGUGGCCGCUCGGUCAGCGUCUGUCCAGCUCCCGUCCGGAAAACAGGAGGACAACGGUGCAACUCCUGCAGUCCGCACCGUCUGACAAGUUCCCUCCCGAGACCCGCCGUCAUCAAAGAACAAAUCCCAUUGGAUUGACCGUUAUUGCAUCAGUGGAGUUUAUAAGGGGGGUAUGGGGAGGGGAGAUUAGAUCUCAAUCUCACACACGUCCGCUUGUCUUCUUAGGGUAUGUAAGUCUCGCACCCGGGACUGCCCUUCCCAUAUGGCUGUUGCACCCCUCCUGCCACCCCAGCUGCAGCUCCCUGGCUCAUUCCUCACAGCAGAGCAGGGGUGGGGGGGGAGUCUGGACAGCCAUUCCCUCCGCUGGGGGAGUCACGUCAAGCACGUCCUCUCUCUCUCCCUCACUCGUGGGGGGGGGGGCUCAGUCUAGCCCAGUUACCGAAAUGUCACGAUGCGUUCCCCUUGCCGCCAAGCGCUCUGAGGAGUUGCUUUCAAAGCUGAUGGGGUAGCCCGCCUCUUCUUUGUACCGGACCGGUUUUGUAAUAAGGACACGGAUCUGUAUAUAUAAAUAAAUCACCACUGUGGCACCUGU